GCCCCAUUCCCUCUCCAGACUAAAGAUGGCGGACAACAUGGGAAGCGAAGAGUCUACACCGGAAAUUACAGUCGAAGACUUGAAAAAAAUCAUAAAUGAGACAAUCGGGAAGUACAGGUUUCCCAGUAAAGCUUAUGAUGAAGUGUUUGACGGGAUAUAUGUCGGUGGCGCUGUAACUGCCAUGGAGGAGGAUCAACUUGUUGCCCUUGGUGUUACCCAUGUUCUAAAUGCAGCACAGGGCACCAAGAGACUCUCACAUGUCAACACUGACGCAAGCUUCUACAAAUCAGGAAUAAUCUUCCAUGGUAUCCCUGCAACAGAUGUGUUCAUGUUUAAGCUGAACAAAUAUUUUGAUGAAGCAGCAGACUUUAUUGCUAGUGCAGUUGGCACCAAGAAUUGCCCAAAGAAUGGCAGAGUCUAUGUCCACUGCAAAGAAGGCAUUAGUCGAUCUGCUACUCUUGUCCUGGCAUAUCUAAUAAAACAUCAGCAGAUGGGUUUAACCAAUGCAUUGAGGACUGUGAGAAGUAAACGCAUGGUGUAUCCAAACAUGGGUUUUAUGGAGCAGCUCAUAGAUUAUUCACACAAACUCAACAGAUGCUUUUAGUUGUAGAUUGAUCCCAAUUUUUUUUAAAUUAUCAAAAAGACAGACUUCUGAAUGGGCAUCACUUCCCAGAUCCAGGGGAAAUUGUGAUCCAUGUGUUGAUAUUCCUCUCCUGGAUAAAUCAAUUUUUCGAUUCAGAUACAAUUAGCUGAUUGCACUUGUGGGGAUUCAAUAACUGAGGAUUUCACUUUGAUGCCUAGUUGCACCAUCUUCUAAUAUUAGGGGCCAUGUAUCUUUGUCAGCUAUUUUUUUGUCAUCCUAGCAAAUGCCAAGUCUGAGAAAGCAUUCAUUUCCAUGGGUUGAUUAUAUGAAGCUACUGCGAUAUUUUCAAAAAAAAGUUUUCAAAUUUGUUUUAAAAUAGCUGUUUCAACAACUAAUUUGUCUGCCAAUGUUGAUAGUGAAAACAAUAAAGAUGUGGCUGAAAAGAGCCCUAUAGAGCAGGGGGACCAAAAGCAUGCACACAAGAUUUAUCUGCAUGCUUAAAUUUGUGAUAUCAUCAUCCAUCUCUGUUGUAAAUUUGGCUGAGCAAUAAGGCGGACCAGUUCUUAACCAUAGGUUUGUUGUGCCCUACACAUGUCCAGUUAUUAAAAUCUUGGGCUUUGUUUUUUCAUUUGAAGCCAAUAUGGUUUUUGUGCUCUGGAAAACUGCAAUUCACCGUGUUGCAUGUUUUUUCUAUCAUCUUGUGGGCAUUUUCUUUUUGUUUUAGAAUGUGCAAAAACAUGCAUCGUAUUAUGUAUAUAUCAAAUAAUGUGUAAAUAACCAGAGGUCCUUUUUACAUUUUUGUCAGGUUAAGGUUAUUUAAUGGAAAACACUACCAGUUGGGGUCAUGAUUAUUGUAAGUUUUAUAAGAAAAAAAAAGUUGAGAUAAUUACUUAAGUCCUACUUAAGUAAAAACAAAUGCCAUCUUUUAGCUGAGUUAUAAAAUACACAGUAAUGAUGUUUAA